AUGAUGAGGUUUGCUUUGCUACUGCUACUGUCCUGCCUUUCUGGUGGAGUAGUCGCUCAGACCUGUGACACUACUGUGUACCAUGUGAGUCCUCAGGGGAAUUGUGUGCAGUGUCAAGACUUUUGUCCUCCCGAAUGCGAUCCCGACAAUGCCGCCUAUCAAGUCUUUACGGCCAGUGAUUGCGAUGGACAAGGAACCGUAGGAGGAGGUGGAGGUGGUGCUGGUGGACCGCCACCGGAUGCUCAAGGGGGAGGAGGUGGUGGAGGUGGAGGAGGGCCGCCGCCUGAUGGUGGACAAGGAAUGGGAGAACAAGGUGGCGGAAUGAUGAUGAUGAGUGACGAAUCCGUUGGAGCAGCCGGAUCUUGCGAUACGACCGUAUUUCACUUGAAUCCAUCGGGAGAAUGCACGUUGUGUCCCGAUCUCUGUCCUGCCGAAUGCAGUCCCAAUAGCACCAGUUACAUGGUAUUCACUUCAGAUGAUUGUGAUGGAAUGGGGACUACAACAACAACUGCAGAUGAUGCUACGAGUGGCGGUGGAGGUGGAAAUGGAAUGGGUGGAGGAAAUGGAAUGGGAAAUGGUGGAGGAGGACAAGGAGGAAUGAGUGAUGAUUCCAAUGAUGAGGAAGACGUCGAGUGCGACACUACCGUCUAUCACAGAAAUCCACAAGGCUCCUGUAAAUUAUGCGGAUCCAAUUGCCCCAAAGAGUGCAAGGCGGGGGGCGACAACUACCGAGUCUUCACGUCGGAGGAUUGCAGUGAAGCCUCACUUGUCGUCACAGAACAAGAAGAUAUUGAGGUAGAGGGCGAUGGAGUCGCUGUAGAAGCUCAGACGGAAUCUUCGGCCGCAUAUUGGAGAUUGCAGGGGACUGCUGCAGUGGUAUGGCUUGUACUAGGGGUGUUGUUUUGA